AAAGAAAAGAUUAAGAGAGAGAGAGACAAGGUCUCAUCGACCAAAGAGUGUGUUUCUAUGGAUGUGUACGAAGCAACUAGGGUCGUGCUCUCUAGAAUCCAGAGCUUAGACCCAGCUAAUGCUUCCAAGAUCAUGGGCCUCCUCCUCCUUCAGGAUCACGGAGAGAAGGAGAUGAUAAGGUUAGCUUUCGGGCCUCAGAAUCUACUUCAUUCUGUCAUAGCCAAGGCCAAGAAAGACCUCGACGAGCGGCUUUCUUUCUUGCCUCCGAGAACCGGCGGUUGCGUUUCCGACGAUUUGGAGUCCGAUUUAGGGUUCGGAUGGGGACAGUGCUCCUACGCUGACUGCAAAUUCGACAUCCAUCAUCAAAGCUCUGUUCCUCCGAGACUUGCCCAUCAGUUCACCGGUUAUCCAUUCUCCCCCAAAGGUGUUAACUUGCAGCAGAGUGAAGCCCAAAGCAGAGCUGCUGCUCUGAUGAUGGGCGAUGACUUGCACAGGUUGGGAAGAUGGAGGCCAGAGAGGAUCGACCUUUCGGCCAUGGCCUGCCCGGCUUCCAGACAGAUCUAUCUGACUUUCCCGGCUGACAGUAUCUUCAGGGAAGAAGAUGUUUCCGACUACUUCAGUACCUUUGGGCCAGUUCAGGACGUGAGGAUACCGUACCAGCAGAAGAGGAUGUUUGGGUUCGUGACCUUCAUGUACCCAGAGACGGUGAAGAGCAUUCUGGGCAAAGGGAACCCUCACUUUGUGUGUGAUUCCAGGGUUCUUGUUAAGCCUUACAAGGAGAAAGGCAAAGUCCCAGACAAGUACAGGGCUAAGCCAUCUGCGACCGGCCUUGAUUCCAGGGACAUUAUGGAUUUCCAGCUUGGAGGGAGGGCUUUUCAUGACAACACCCAAGAUCUGUUGUGGAAAAGGAGGUUUGAAGAGCGAGCUCUUGAGCUUCAGAGCACAAGGCUGAUGAAUCUGCAGCUUCUAGACGUCAAGAAACAGUUUCAACUCAGUUUCGACCAAACAUUUGUUUCUCCACGACUAGUUUCAAGAAACCAGAGAGUGUGUACCAAAACCAAAGAGAAUGAUGAGGAUGCAAUCAAACUUCCAGAGAGCUUGGAGGAUGAUAGGCUGGUAGAUAGCCCAUUUGCAUCACCCACACAGCAUUGUCUCGAGUUUGAAGAGUGUGCAGACACAAACGGGUCAGGCUUGUCGUCGCCGUAUUUUGAUGACGAUGAGUCUAGUACAAGUACAUUGAAAGACUCUCUCAAGUCCUUCAACUGCCAAAUACCGAGGUUAUCAAUGAUGGGGAUAUCACAGGGCAGCAGCGGACCAACAACAUGUCGCGUUGGGAUCUAAACCCAUUCAAAACAACUAACCAGUUACCAGUGGUAGGAAGAGAAGAUUAACCACAAAAAAAAAGUGAUGAGCAAGUAGUGAGAGGUGGAUAUGUAAGAUAGAAGAAAGAUGGGGGAAGGUUGUUUCUUGUACCAUUCAUUAAACAAGAGUGCUAGUAAAUGAGUCCGUGAAUG